CACAAAAAGCAUGCUUCCGGCAAAUUGUAAACAAUUUUAGAAUUUUUGUCUAUCGAAUAAUCACUUAAUCAGUUUGCAAAUAUGGUUGACAUUCAGUUAAGUGAUGCAGAAAAAACAUAUAUCAUUCAUGGAGCCCAAGAUAACCUACGUAUAGACGGACGAGGAUGUGAGGACUACAGACAUUUGGAAAUCGAAACGAGUGUUGUAUCCAAUACAAGUGGUUCAGCUAAAAUAAGAUUAGCAAAUACAGAUAUUCUAGUUGGUGUCAAAGUAGAACUUGGUGAACCAUUGCCUGAAAAUCCUGACAAGGGGAGACUUGAAUUUUUUGUUGAUUGUUCCGCAAAUGCCACCCCAGAGUUUGAAGGCAGGGGUGGUGAAGAGUUAGCUACAGAGAUAAGCAGUAUGCUAGCACGAGCAUAUGACUGCCCAAGUUGUCUUGAUCUUAAACAGUUGUGUGUGGUUGAAGGAAAGCAGUGCUGGGUGGUUUAUAUUGAUGUUUUAUUGUUAGAGUGUGGUGGAAAUUUAUUUGAUGCAGCUUCAAUUGCAGUGAAGGCUGCUUUAUUUAACACUUGUAUACCAACUCUUACAGUGACACAGGAUGAAGGACAUAUAGAAUUAGAGUUGUCAGAUGACCCAUAUGAUGUACAAAGACUUGAUGUCAUACAUGCUCCAUGUAUAGUUACACUCAGUAAGCUUGGACAUUCUCAUGUAGUGGAUGCCAGUCAGAAAGAAGAGGCGUGUUGUUUAGCUAGGCUAAUACUUGGGGUAACAAGUAAAGGAACAGUAACUGCAAUGAAGAAAGAAGGAUCUGGAAGUCUGGAUGUUUCUAGUGUUCAAGACAUGCUAGAGACGGGAAAGAGAGUUGGACAAGCUUUGAACAAGAGCUUGAUGGAAGUUUUACUAAGCGAUGACAAAGUUGGUAAAUCUAAGGGCGUGACGGGCUUUCUACGAUAACAAAGUCAAUUACAAAGAUAGCACUGUUGAAAUGACUUCAGUGAUAAUCCAUGAAAAUUCUCAGCAUUCAGCAGAUUUGUUCUAAUUUUUAUGGUUACACAAAGGCUGUACAUAUUAAAUGUCAUGCAGGAAGUGAUAAGUACAGAUAUGUGUAAUGGAAUUAAUUAAAACAGAGUAAACGAUAUGAAUUAAACAUUAAAUUUCACUUGUGUGUAAGAACUAUAUGAUGUAAAAUAUUAUUCAUAGAAAUACUACUUCUGUCAAAUACCUUUCAAAGGAAUUUGAAAAAUGACAUUUUGGUCUCUUAAAAGGCUCUAUAUUAAUUAUAAAUAUCAU